AUGGGGAGCGUGGGAAUCUUGUGGCCUUGGCUGCUAACUCUGCUCUCCUUGCCGGGUUUUAUCCUAGGAGCACCCUCAGCACCCAGAUGUUCAGGAGUCUGCAGUACCAGUGUCCCAGAAGGCUUCACUCCUGAGGGAAGCCAGGCAUCUCAGGACAAGGACAUUCCUGCAAUUAACCAAGAGCUGUUGGAUGUCCCCAAAGCCACACAGCCAUGGCUCUCACAGAACUUUAGCCCCAAAGAAAAAGAAGGCAUAGACACUGGCCUUGCCUCAUUCAUCCCUGCCUGCGUUCUGGAAGUCCCCUUCCUCCUUUCCCUCCCAGGGCUCAUCUCAGAGGAGACCCCAGAAGGCAGCUUCCUGGUAGAAGGGGACAUCAUCCGGCCGAGCCCCUUCCGAUUGUUGUCAGUGUCCAACAAUAAAUGGCCCAAGGGUGUCGGUGGCAUCGUGGAGAUUCCCUUCCUGCUCUCUAGAGAGUACGACGAGCCCAGCCGCCGGGUCAUUAUGGAGGCCUUUGCUGAGUUUGAACGUCUCACAUGCAUCCGGUUUGUUGCCUACAAAGGCCAGAGAGACUUUAUUUCCAUCCUUCCUAUGUCAGGGUGCUUCUCUGGUGUGGGGCGCAGCGGAGGGAUGCAGGUGGUGUCCCUGGCACCCACUUGUCUCCAGAAGGGCCGGGGCAUUGUUCUACAUGAGCUCAUGCAUGUGCUGGGCUUCUGGCACGAGCAUUCACGGGCAGAUCGGGACCAUUACAUCCGUGUCAAUUGGAACGAGAUCCUCCCGGGCUUCGAAAUCAACUUCAUCAAGUCUCGGAGUAGCAAUAUGUUGGUACCCUAUGACUACUCAUCAGUGAUGCAUUAUGGGAGGUUUGCCUUCAGCUGGCGCGGGCAGCCCACCAUUAUACCGCUCUGGAAGCCCGGGGUUCACAUUGGCCAGCGGUGGAACCUGAGUGCCUCAGAUAUCACCCGGAUCUGCAGGCUAUAUAACUGCAGCCCAGGUGUCCCUGACUCCCAGAGGAGGGGGUUCAAGGCCCACAGUGAUGAAAGAAGCCUCAUUCCUGCCUCCGUAUCACAUCUACAGAGACUUCUGGAGGCACUGUCGGGAGAAUCUGGAAGCUCUGCCCCCAGUGGCUCCAGCGCCGGAGACCAGGGUAUUAUUUCCGGGCUAGUAGACAGCCAGCAAGGAUUGGGGCAUCCUGCUCAGGACACGUUCAGUGGGGGACCUUUGGCAGGACCGCCUCAGAUGCUAGCUGCUGCUUUGGGGCCCAGAACAGGUGCAGACAGCAUUUCUCCAGGGCAGUUCCAGCUAUCCCAGGAGCCCACUGUACCUCCUACUUCAUUUCCAGAAGGCAGAGACCAGCCAGCACCCAUCCUAGAUGCCUUUGACAGCCCAGCUCUGCUUCCAGGAGGUUGUGCACCUGGAAGUCCUGCUGGAGAAGUACCUAGAGACUGAGCCUGUUGACUUCUGUCCCUUAGUGGGGAGGAGGGUGUAUUCUGCCCAGAGCAGCUAGGUCAUCUAGUCCUUGUCCAUCUGGGCACCAUUCUUAUCUUCUGCCCUCUUCACUGGCCGCUCUUGGAUCUCCAGGACACUCCUUGAUCUCUUCCCCACCACACCCCCAUCUCUGCAGAGUUCCUAGGGAUGUCUGUCUGUUCUUGACUUGAGCCCUAGCUAUGGAAGAUGCUGGGCAUGGAGACAGGAUCCUGGGAGUGGUGGGCAAAGAGCAAGAUUCCAGCCCUGAAGGCCUCUGGGAGUUCUACAGCUGAGGACUAGUUCCCAGAAUGCUCCUUUGAGCACUGGGAUCCUGAAUAUCUUCCUUUCUGUGAUGCCUGGCUCUAAGGAUGUUCUGAAGCCCUAGGAUUCAGCCCUGUUCUCCAAGAGGCAGAGAGCCCACUUUGCCUUCUAAGGUGGACUAGCAAGACGUGGCUCCUUACCAGUCUCUGUGAUGGAAGCCGUGGCAAGACCACCGUCUCCAGACAGCAGCCUUGAACCUUAGUCCCACCUUAGAUCACCGUUUCUGUUUUGCCCAUAAGGUGCUGAGCUAGAAGCCACUGGGGGUUGGGAAUCACAGUGCUCAUCAUCCUUCAGCCAUGCCACACCCCUCCUUGGUCUUCCAUGAGGUUUCUUCUAGACUAGGCUCUGGGCCAGGAGCCCUUCAUUCUCCAGGAGCCUGUUGGGAGGCCCGGGAAGCCCUGCUUGGUGUGGGAGGGGAACCAGAACCCUGAGCUAGUGAGGCAGGGCACCUCCUCCACAGGGGAAAAGGCAGAAAUAAAAGUUGGGUGUUUGCUUCA